AUGCAGCCUCGUAUCCGGCCGGAUCAGGUCGCCAACGACGUGGACCACGAGGUGGCUGCAUACAUGGAUGCUAUCAAUGGUGCUGGCCACGAGGCUCUGAGCUGGCAGCUACGGGGCGACGACCCUGAAGAACUGCAAGAAUACUUCGAGGCACAGAAUGGCUUCAUGCAGACGGCGAAUAAAUGUCUUGAGAAACUGAAAAUGCCGGCUAUGGAAUUAAGCCAACGUAGUGACUGGGCCGCUGCCCAGCUAAGAAUGGAACAGGCUUGCACUGCGCUUGAAAAGGUUUCUGCUAAGGAUGGCGAGCUCUCAGGGAUCAGAGGGAAAAUGAAGAAGGCUUUCCGCACUCUGUGCCGGAACGCAGGAAGUGGCAAGAUAUUCACCUCACUCGUCCCGACCGACAUGGGCGGGGCCGUCGUCAGCGGCGGUCUAAAUGUAGUAUUCACAGCCCUCGAGCAGAAGGAGUUCCACAGAGAGGCGGUCUAUAAAGCACUGGAAAGGCUACCGCGCAUUCUGAACAACCAUGUUGAGUAUACCGAGUUGGCCAGUGAGGAUGCUGAGAUGCAUCGCCGCACAGCUAAGCUGUAUACCGAAGUGUUGCUCACAUUGGAGCACAUACUCCGCUGGUUUAUGAUGGAUACUUUCGUUGCCGGGGCCAAACGCCUUCUCAACCCGACGAGCUUUUCGACCACGCUCAGUGAUCGGCUAGCCGAAGUCAACUUGGCAGCGAAAGACCUCAAAGCUCGCGGAACUCAUAUCAUGUGGAAACAGGUCAAGGAUGUCUCCACCAACCAGAAGUGGAUAGCGUAUGAGAAUGUAAAGAUGAACCGUCAACUAGGAGACAUAGAUGAGCAUAUCCGGCUUGUCGCCGCUCGAUCCAGCACGUACGAGAGCAUAGAGGCUGCUGUGCGCGACAACCUACAACCCAUUCUACAAGAUGUCAUGAAAAAAUCGCCUGAGUUAACGGCCGACGCAGUCUUGCAAGAGCUAGAGUACGAUCCAACACUGAUCGACAAGGACAUGCAGGCACUUCUCCAGAUGGGAUUACCGGCAUCACGAAGUCGUUUGGAUGCCAGCCGAGUACAGUCGAUGCAAAGGAGCCCUCGAGUGAGAGCCUGGCUUGCUGUUGACGAGGACUCUCUCUUAUUGAUCAACGGCGGCGCAAACAACCCCCUCGACACCUCUCUAUCAUUUGCCAACGCGAGAAUGCUAAGAUCUCUACUUGAAGAGGCCCCCAAAGCCCGAGAGGCACUGAGGAUAAUUCCCUUGGUGCAUUUCUGCAGCCAGCACCGCAACUACUACCGCGACGUGAACGCAAGCGCCGGCGGCCUCGCCAUGUCCCUUCUAUUGCAGCUGAUCAGCCACUAUCCCCAUUUCUCCUCCGCGGACCUACAAGAGUGCUUAUAUCGCACCGAAAACGGCGGCGCUCAGAGUACAUGCAGUGCCUUCGGUCUAUUGGCUAAGAAGCUCCCGUCAAGUGCCGUUGUGUUCCUAAUCGUGGAUGGGGUCUCGUUCUUCACCACACCACCGAAGCGGGCAAAUGAGAUGCGUGAGGUAGUGAGCUGUCUGGUAGAUCUCUACCGGCAGGAAAUGAAAGCAACAAUGAAGAUUCUCCUGACAAGUCCCACACGAUCUCGGGCUUUGGAGGGCUUGUUUGAGGAUGACGAGAUUCUGAACCUACCCACAACACCAGCACCGGUAGGCGGCCAUUCUUUGCUACAGUGUUGA